CCUCAUCCACGUGAACGCUUCUCCAGUCGUGCAUCUGUCACUAGCAGUGCCUCAUGCUCCAUUACUGGUAGUUUUCCGGAUCCAGAUUACCGUGUCAUAUCGUUGCAUGAUAAACCAAAGCCUGGCAAAUUGGCAGAUUUCAUUCCGGAAGUGGAGCGAAAAGCUAGAAUCGGUAGCAGCUUUGACCAGGACGACGGUGCUUCUGCCUACAGCUCUAGCUUCUCCAGACGAGGAAGCGAUGUUGAUGGUACCAUUGACGAGGAUGGCGAAGCACCGCGUGUACUCAGAAACUACGAUGUUGUUCCUGUUCGAAGUGUGACAACAUCGCCUAUACAGCACAAAAUCAGUUACUGGAUGAAAAAAGAUGAGGAAGCAACAAUGUCACUGCCACGAAAUAUUUCUGGAGGCGAAUAUCGCCGGAAUGGUUUUGUGGUGCCACAAUCGCGUCCAGUUGCCGCCAGUGCUACCAACAUUUCAGAGAUUCAGGUAAUGGUCGAAAAUGAAAAGACCGCUGAAUCAUAA